GAAAGUUUUAUAUGACCGGCAUUACAAUUCCUUUUGCUCACGUGAGUACAACUGACAGUUAUUUAUGUCUGGUGUAUAUGUCUGGUAGGGUCGGUGGUCAUUUAAACUAGUUGCCUGGCGAGCAUGCGCGGCCACAAUGUACUUUUUCAUGGUCGACAGAAUCGCUGUCCAAUGCGAUCAAAUCCCCGAAAGGUGGUAACGAUCGGCAAUGCAAACACGGGUGAAAACUCAUAUGCCCACCACUCCAAUUUCGAGGUAAAAAAUGCUGUUGUCAACUUGCAUUUGUUACUGUCUUCACGGUUUAAAAUUACAGUUAGGUCUUUCCGUUAUUGAUCGUUUGACAUUUUCGACACUUAGCUCUAUCCGUAACGAAACCCUUCGAGACCUUUGAAGCUUUUAUGACCCAAAGAUGCUUUACUCGAUGCCUGAAUAUCGAGCCGACAUUUUGGGCCGCGCUCUAAAUGAGGUGCCUAUUACGGACUUUCUCGGCUCGAUACUUGACGUGCACCGUCACUUUGAAGUGGAAGUCUAUUCAAGUACUAUGAACGUAAAGGCCAGCGUCGCGGUAAAAACCGAUGAUGCUAAUAGUGCGCAAAGUUCUAAGCCGACAAAUGCGUCGGAUUUUUAAUUUAGAAGCGAAUAUUUCGUUGGCUGUGUAUGACGAUGAAAGCAGUCUAACGUCUGAAUCAGCGUGGAGUGCUACAGCAUUCGGAAGUAGUGUGCAUGCAUUUCUGAUUUACUAGCCAAGUUGUCAAAGUAGCCAAGACGAAAACCAUGAGACCACGCGAGAAUUCGAGACAGACACACAGCGCUCUACUCCAGCUUUUUGCGCUAGUUCCGCAGUCACGAUCGUGGCGUCACCGCACAGUUUUCCAUUACCUCGUUGUCGCCAAAUGCAACUACGGUUGAUGCUGUCAUACAAUGUUUAAGGCUGCGUUCUAUGCCCUUUUUGACGGUGGAAGCCGCUUCAGUAUUUUUUGAGUGUCUCCCGUCCGCUCGUUCGCUGAUUUAUCCACAGUGUUAGGUGAUCGUGUCUUCAAUCUCUUCAACAACGAGUUGAAACGUCUUGUCAAAGUCCGAUACCAGGUGUUCGACAAUUUAUCCAACGCCUUGAGGUAGUCUACGGAAUCUACGUGUGCAAUCUGUAGUUGCUCUACAUUAUAAUUUAACUUAAUCAAUUUCUUCAAUCUGUCCAUUUCGGAGGAUUCAUGGAUAGCCGAUUCUGGAUGAAUCGAAAGACUUCGUUCUUCGUUAGCUGAAUGAGUAUGGACGCGAUUCAAAGGCGUUUUCUCGUUUGAGGAAAUAGCCGAUGCUGACAAGUGUACCUGCUGUUUAUCCACAAUUCUAUCACGACAAGGCCCUAAAUAAGCCAUCGUGACAUUAGAUCGGCAGUUAGUCGCCUGAAAGAUGCACGCGUUCUGGUAAGUUUUGUUGUCGAAACCGCACACAGGAGCGUAGUCAUCAUUGCAUAGUGCGUCAGUACACGGUAAUGUAUUGCGAUAAAAACGAGAGCAUUUUCGUGGUGAUCAUCGAUCACAGAGGCAGUAGCACAAGAUGACGUGACGGUAACAGCAACAAACGGGAAAGUUACAGAAAGCUUCAUGCUCAGCUUAGUUGGAGGCAAUGGAGUAGGGAUAGAAAUGAUGACCUCAGGCGAAGACCAUGUGAAUCUGCG